AUGGCCGAACUCUUGAACCUUUCACAACUUCUCUCCUCAUCAGGACAGCCACCUGUAGCCUUUGAACAGCUUGUUAAAUCCAUCGCCUUUGCCUCAAGGCUCAAGAACGAUAUUCUUCUUGCACAGCCUGCUACAUUCAAUCUUGCUGGUGAUAGGCACCCUGUACUGCCUCCGACUAUUCAAGCGUUCCUCUUGGAAGCCUCACGGCAAGCAGUCUUAUUUACCAUGGAUAGAGGUCCCAUCCCUGUCUGGUCAAUCCAUCUCUACUGCUGUAAGGUCAACUACCACCACAAUUUUCGGGUCCAUGAGGGUCGACGUAUUUACUAUGAUGAGAUUCCCGAUAUAGUACAGGUUGGAGAACAUCAAUUUACUGAACGGAAGCUUAUCGGCUUGUGGAUUAUGAUGAUGUUGCUGUCCUGGACUUCAGCCACUAAUUGCGCACAGAUCUAUAACAUGGGGUUUACCGGAAAUGACUGGCCAGAUUGGCAAUUUAAAUUGCAGGUAACCUCCGACCAGGUUUACGAUGCAUUCAUCAUUCUUUCACUCCUCGAGGACUGUCAAACCCAGCAAGCAACCCUAGUUGUUCCGCAUGGAGGUGCAGCCAAGGACCACUUCAUGGAGGCUAAAGUUUCCAUGGUUGUGAUUGACAGGGUGACAGUUGGCCAUCCGUGCUGUGGCGAACCCAACUGCAAGGUUCCCCUGGCAAAUAAUCAUGACAGAUUUUGCCCUACCCACGCGCGCCUCGAUCAAAUUUGUGCAGUUGUUCACUGCUCGCUUCCAGUGGUUCCUGGAUGGAAAACCUGUGCCCUUGCCGACCAUGAGGCUGUUGAGGCUGUUCACAACGACCGUGGCCAGGCUCGCUUUCAACUGAAGGAGUGCCUCCGACGUGCACAACUUGCUCACCCACAUGAUGCACUUCCUGUUGAAGUGUCAAAUGUCUCCGAGCUUGUUGACGAUGACUAUGCCGAAGAAGAUUUUGGUUUUGAUGGCCGAGGUCAACCCAUUCCUGUCGAAGAACAUACAACACGCAAGAAGCUUCGUGCCCAGUUUGGUCACAAACGAACUCACAACGAGCAGUUGAUUGUUGCCCCGUGCGGAAUUAUUAUCGCCCGUGAAACCUUUUACCAUGCGGAGGUAAUUUAUAGUGUGGUUGAGAUGAUCAAGCAGACAUACCGUAAUGCAAGCACAAAGCCCAAUCACAUAUUUUUUGACAAUAACUGCUCCAUUGCCAAGGCCGUCAAGAAAGACCCUUUCUUUCGGAACGUUGGAUUGACCAUUGACAUUUUUCACUUCAAAUGCAAACACAGCAAGAAGGAUCAGUUCUGUCAAGAUCACUGUAAUCCAGCUGCAUAUCCUGAGCUUCUUGGUGAAGGCACGAAACAGUGGUACUUUAAUUCUUCAAUUGCAGAGCAAACAAAUGGCUGGUUGGGUGGGUAUCAUGCUAUCUGCCAUGAGAUGCAGGUCCAUCAUUACAAUUUCUUCCUUGACAAAAUGAUUCGAAGACGAAACAUCAUGACUCUGGAAAAGCUUGACAAGGGGGGUUGUAUGCUGGGCACCUGGCCUUUGUUAACAUAA